UAAAUUAGAACUUCAUAAGUAGUUACAGGGCAUUUCAAUGCAAAUAUAAUUUAUUAAGAUAUUUGCAAACAAAAAAAAUUAAUUAACAUGUUCUCAAAAUUAUAACAAAACAUUGGCAAAGAAAAAUUAUUUCUUUGCGAAAGAUUGUAAUUCCAGUUUAAUUACGUUGUUGCUUCCAUUGAAUAAGUGCUUGUGCGCGCAUUUUUAAAAAUGAUUUUCCACUCGCUAUUUUUGUGUUUGUUUCUAUCUGUUUUUAUAAUAAUAAUAACCUAUCAUUUUCAUAUUUCUCCAAGCAAAUAUUCUUUGUUGCAAAUAAAUACAAGGAAAUCUCAAUUUAUUAAAACAAAUACGAAUUUAACUAAAGCUCUGCAUCGCAGGAAGCGUUUUCUGAUAUUUCAAGAUGCUGGAGUUUUAAAGGUCAAAAUUAUUUUUUGUAUAGACCCUUAAAUGAAAAUUGUAUUACAAAUAGCGACACUUGCACCAAACGGAUAAAAGUAUAAAAUUACUUACCCAAGGAAACUUGACUUUAACAAUUUAGGAUGGAUUUUAUUUUUAUUUUUUAUAAUAACUCAUCAUAAAUAAAAGAAACAAAAAGUUAAAAUUGACUUGCAAUUAAAAUAUCCUAAAUCUAGUUUAAAUGUGCUGAGGUAAGUUAUUAUACUCUUUCGUUUGGUGCAAGUUGCUCCUGAAUUCCAACAAAAAAUAAUAUAUUUGAAUUCAAACAAAAAAUACUUUAUAACUAUGCUAGAUGGUUUUGGGAUUUUCUGAGCCAAUCCAUUUUUUUGACGAAGUUCCAUUCCGGCAGUUGGCUGUUAACUACGCUUUUCAUUUACAAUAUUCACCCCCAAUAGUUCCAGUCUAUUGGUGGACCUAUUUUUACAAGAGCACGGCAUGGAGCCAUAUUCAUGGAAGAACUAUACAUGACCGUCACAAAAAAAGCACAUGUAACGCGAAAUAUAUAUGUAACGAGAAUCCAUAUUUGGACCUUUAUUGGAACUUUGCUCAUAGAAACUAUGGACAGCUAGAAUUUUUCUAUGACAAAAGUCGAUUAGCUCUAUAUAAAGCUAUUGAAACUAUAUUAGAAUGUAGAGGAUUUCCUGGAAAAGCAUGCCUUAUUCGAUCAAUUUGUGAAGUUUCACGUCGACCAUUUUAUGAGAGAAAUUCUCUUCCAAGAAUUUUGAACGCCAUUUUCAUUCCUUUAACAAAAAAUACUGAUCACAAAUUUGUGCAUGCCAAACAUUUGGGAAGUCAUGGAUUAAUAUGUAAGAAGAUCUACUGGAACUGUGAGGAUGGAGUUAAAUGGUUACAGAAACUUUGAAUAUAUAAUUGACAAAAAAAAAAAAAAUACAUAAACAGCAGAUGUUUGUGUAUGUUAUAAAAUUUAAUAAAAUGUGUAGUUAUUAUACAUAUUGCUUUUGGCCGAAAUUUCGUGGUGAUGGACAUCAAUUAGUUCUAAAUAUUGAAAAAAAUUCUCUAAUUUUUGCGAAUUUUUAUUUAAACUUCCCGGUGCAAUCCGGAAACCCCAUCUAAAAUUAGAAAAUUACCUACAAAAAUCAAAGGAAAACAUGUUUUACGUGAAAAAUUCACGUUGAAUCCGGGAGAGGAAGGGAGUCAAAUAAAAAUCUAAAAAAAUAAGGAAAACCUUUCUGAAUACUUCCAACCAAAUGGCGGCUAUCCAACUGCAUGUUCCGAAUAAAGACCACCCCAAUAUUAAUACAUUACAUACAUAUACAGCUGCUGUUUAUUUGUGUAUUUAAUUUUAUUUUAUU